GCCAUAUCAGAAGACGCAACUUAAGUUGCUGAGCUUGCUCAUAUAAACAGUAGGAUAAUCCAAAUUUCUGAGCCAGAAGGAGCCUUAGAUCCAGUGCUCUUGCGAAUCAUACUGGGACGCCGCCUUCCAAGCCAAAAUUAAAGAGUAGCCUGGAAAAAUAAACACCAUGGAUAAGAGUGCACUGCCUCGUUCCAAUACAGACCCUCAAUCGUCAAAGACGUGGAACUAUACCUCAUUCCUCAAACUAUUAGCUCAUAUCCAGCCUGAGCUCUCGCGAAAGCAAUAUCGCAUUAUCAAGACUGAUAAAGGCCUUAUCGAGGCAUACAAGUCUGCGGGUGAAGAACGUGUGGAAAUCGGCAAGCAGAUCUGCGAAUGGGGCAAGGACACGAAAGAUGAUGCCAUCGUCGAUAUAUCUAGCAAGGUCGGCCUUCUCCUGCAAGAGAUGGGCAAAUUGUCAGAGCCUUAUGUGACUGCACUAGAAGAUGCGCGUGGUCAUCUCAAGAUCAUUCGCAACAUCGAGAAGAUCGUUCAACCAAUCCGCAACAGAAAGAUGAGGGUGAUGGACGAGAUCCAGAAAGUCAAAACGAAAAAACCUCUUCACAGCAUCAAACUGGCCGCGCUAGAGCAGGAGCUUGUUAGGGUAGAGGCCGAGAGUCUGGUUGCUGAGGCGCAGUUAACAAAUAUUACUCGCCAAAACUUCAGGGAAGCGUUUCAGAUCGAGCUGGCUGCUGCUAUUGAGCGCGCUGAGAAAGAAGUUAUUUUAGCCAAGCACGGCUUUCGUCUCCUCGAGCUCCUUGACGCUAACACAGUCGCGCCAGGAGAGCGUUUCGUGCCCUACGAACAUGGAGUUCAAGCUCACCAAGUGCUGAGUGACGCCGAAGCUAAUCUCAAGGAGUAUCAGCCGGAUGAUAGGUACAGAGCUCCAGGAAGAAGCGAAAUAUUAGAAGAGAAUGCGGACGAAGUCGACCAGCAAGUAAAUAUCAGCGGUUGGGGGGUGGCUUGAGGCUCAAUCAUGCAUUAAGCCUUUGGUGUGGCUUUAACAUGUAAAGGGAGGCUUUCCGACAUCAUUCUGUUGGUGUCUACGCGAGGAGUCUUGCAAGAGGAUUCGACAACCAGCUCGGGUUU